GGUCGAGUUGCAUAAGCUGGAGCUUUUAGUUUUUAGGGUAUAUAUUUGUUAGUCAUUACUUCAAAAAAGAAAACAGUUUUAAUUUUGGCACGUUGUUUACAUAGUUGAAUUUGUUAAUGUAAUGCCCAUCCUGUGAGGAAUUUAUAUUGUGCUGCCCUUAAUGUGUUAAGGUUGGUUGCCAUGGUUUGUUUGGUAUUGUUAUUGUGAUUUCUGAGACUAGUCUACUUUUUCAAGGUGAAAAUAUCAAAUUCCUGGCAGAUGAGAGACGAUAGAUGGAAUGUGCUUGCUCAGUGUAAGAUGAAAUUCUUUAAGGGAUACCAAAUGGGGAAUGGAUUUAUUAUGACUUCUGAGAGUUACUCCGAAAAUGAUUGGUGAUAAUAAUUCAGAACACUUUGUUUGUGUAAUUAUAAACUAAAAUAUGAACAUGCCCUAUUUGUAGCAGGUAAUAAUUUGUGUGGUAAAUUUUGGAGAAUUGGUCAAGAAAAUCCUGACAUAAGUUUUUCAAAUAGUUUUGUAGAAGCUUCUGAAUUUGAAUUUCUUUGCUUGUCCCUUGACAGUUGACAGAAAGCAAUUUAGAGUGUUGAGACACGAUAUUAGGUGGAUUACCAUGUCAUCCAAUUGAACAAUGUUCCUUCUUUUCAUAGAUGAAGGUGUAAUGUCAUGUAUUUUAUCAUUGACACUUAAACUUAAACCACCAUGAUCACCCUUUUAUUUUUCCUGGGUCUGUAUCCUGUUUGAGUUCAAAAUGUCUUGCUUUCAUGUAUUAUGUUCUUCCAUUGAAUAGAUCCCAAGACUCUAAAUAUAUCCUCCCAAUAAUUGUUUGUUCUUGGAUAUUACAGAUUCUUAAACAUCAGUAGAACUCCUUAAACAGCAAUUUACUCCUUGGUAAUCAGUUUAUACUGAUUAUUUUAUUCUUUGAUUGCCAAAGCAGUGUACACUUAGCUCUGCGCAUAUUAAACAUUUCGUAUGUUUUUGUUAGGUAACAUGACUAGGCUGUGUGGCAUUUUAAAAUUAUUUAUUACCUUUCCUUGUCAGUGUCUACAGGUUGUAAGCCACUUUGCUGAGAUAUCAGAGUGUGCAAACUUCCUUUGUAAUAAAUAACUCUUUAGGAAAAGGUGAUUAGUUGCACCUUUUUUGGCUGAAAUUGGGCCGUAUGUCGUGCAAAGGUUGGUGUAAAUUGGAACAUCAAUGCUUUUAAGCAUGUCUGAAUACCACUAGAAAAAUUUUCAAAAUGGCAGAUCUUUAAAUAUAGUUGAACCUUUUAGGUAAUUUGUUACAAGUUAAAUAUAGCACUUCAAAACUUUAUACCAUGUAAUGGUGGUGCCUGUUUUCCUUUCCUAGUUUCUUUUAAUCUAUGUUUACAAGUUAGAUAUGCCACUUCAAAACUUAUUUAUCCUAAAUAAUAUCAUCAACUAGCUUCAUAUUGUUACUUGAGCUCUUGCUAGAUACUUUCGGUUCUUAAAGUCUCACAGAUAAUCAAAACCCUUGAUGGAGAUAUUCCUCGCUUGUUCAGUAAAGAAAAAGAUGAUCGAUCUUUAUUAUUUUGUUUAUUUUGUAGUAAAGUUGUUGGGCCUAUGUUGACAUAACUUUGUGUGUGUAUUGCUCCUGUAGUUGAUUUAUGAAAUCAAAUUGGCUUUUAUCUCUGUAUCUUUUACAACUUGUUGACUUAUCAUUCUAGUGCUAUCUGUGUUGUUUGUUUUUCCUUUGUCCUUUUUCAAAUGCUACAUUGAUAAUUAGAUUAUUUUUAGUUAUGUUUAUCUUUGGUUGAAUUGCAUAGCAAGUGUCUUGAACAUGGUCUUGAUAAUGAAAUUUGUCCUCCAACUGUUUCCUUUUUUUGUUUUUGUUAUCUAAACAUAUAUGUAAUAGGGAUCUUCAACUUCUAUGACUGCCUAAGUAGUUGUAGCUGCAUCUUCAUGUGUGAGUUGAUAAUUGAUUAGACGGUCUUAAUGUUGACCUGUGUAGUUCUCAUUUUUCUUUUCUUUGGAGACCAUUAUGGAUCACUAUUUGAUGAUAGCAUCACAUAGCUAGUUGCAUCUGCCAAUCAAAUUGAAAUUAAAGUUGUGGUAACUUAAUCAACAAAGAUAUUCUUAUUUUGCUUGCAACAAGGAAGUUUGCAUAUUCAUUUGAUGGGGACUUUAAUUUGGGCAUAAUAUCUACUGUAAAUAGCUUCUGUCAAGACUGGUUCUUGAAUAAUAAUUUCUUUGUAGAUUUUCUUCAGAAUCAUUUAAGUUCUUUCAUAGUCUAGGUAAAAGGGACAAAUAUCUGUAUAGAAUAAGACAUGUUACUUGACAACUGGAUCUACUUAAAACUUGAAUGCCUUGAUUCAACUUCUGAGACUAUGGCAAAAUAAUAGUAGAUAUUGUAUUAUGUUAUUUGCCUGUAUGAAAUUCUCAAAUAUAUGUAUCCAAGCAAGGUUGUCAUUCAUCCAUGCUUGAGAUGCGGUGUCAUUUUAAAAGCUUAGAGCCAAGAACAGGUCAAUGCUUUUGAUAAGUCUGAUAAGAGUAGUUUAGCACGGAGAAACGACCUUACUUUCAGAGAAUAUAGAUUAGUGGACUAUAUAUUUAUAUACAUUGUUUUUUUUUUUCUCUUGUUUUUACCAUUGAUUAAUAAGGUUUUUGCAGAAAAUCAAGGUAUAAUCUAGUAUGUUUUUACCUUACUUGAGACUCUGAGAGAUCUUGAAUUGAGACUUCUCCAGCACAAUAAAAAUAAAAAAUUAAUAAGUGUUUGUCGCCAGUUUAUAAAAAAAAUAAGGCUUUUGCACGUGUCGGAUUCCAUGAGUUUAAAUCAUGCACCAUGUUGUUAUAUGAAUGUAAAAUAUAGACAAAGUUAUUUGGUAGUGUUUAAUGGAUUAGAGUUUUUAAUUUUGAAUACAAAAGAUCUGGAAAAAGAAUAAUUCUCCGGGCCUGGCACAUGCUUAUGGAUGGACAUCAGUGUGUGCGAAGUUUACACGUGUUUCUUAGCUAGUCCAUCAAACACUAAUUAAAGCAAUGAAAAUGGGACUAAGCUCCAACAACCACUUGGCGUCCUCCUCCCGUCACUUGCAUUUAUUACCAUCCGACAAAUCAUCAAUUACUCAAAGGACUACUGAUCUUGUCACACUGUCCUCCUUUCUUUAUAAGCUGUACAUCUUUCAAUUCAUACAAUUCAAUACGCUCAUGGUUCUGUAAUUAGAAACCCCAUAUUGUAUUCUAGAACAAAUCCAGCUAAAUGUUAUUAAAGAGAUGAGAAGUGUUUGUAAGUAAACCAACAAAAUGCUAGAAGUUUAGGAUUGCAGUUUAUCUUAUAAGGAACAUGAAACCGGUCUUCUCAAAACUAUAUCCACAAGCGUCCAUUCAAUACUCCCAAACCGGCCAGAUAUAUCCAGGGGAAUAGAAACACUGGACGUCCACUUGUUGAAGAACCACCACAUCACAUCCUUGAUAAAUUAAUAAUAGUGAUAUGAUAGCGUCUCCUUCCUUUUCAUGCUUGGAUGGGUCCUUCAUUUAUUCCCACUGAUAGAGCUUUCCAAGUUUUCCAUAUAGAGAAGACAUAGAUAGAUAUACAUUAACAGAAAAGAAGGAGAGAGAGAGAGAUCAUCAUCAUCAUCAUCAUCAUAAGAUAUGGAAGAAGAGGUGAUGGCAUCUAUAGAAAAUCUGAGAAACCCAAGCAUUGGACCCAUAGACUACUUCUCAUUACCAACCUGGAAACUCUAUGACAAUCCUCAUUACUCUUCCACAUGUCUUCCUCCUCAUUUCUCAGUCUCUGCGGCCAAGCUCACGUCCCUCUUCAGACCCAUGCACGGCGAUAACGACGAGUUGGAACUCGCCUUGGCACGCAUUGAGGAGCUGAAGGUGGAGCUGGAGUUAGAGCGUAGGAUGAGGAAGCGUGUUGAGUCACUCAACCGAGCUCUCGCCCGAGACCUCGCGGAGCAACGCAAGGCUCGGCAAUUGGCCGAGAGCCUUCGUGCCGAGCUCGAGGACGAGGUCAAGAAAGCUAAGGAGGAAAUGGAGGAGGAAAGAAGGAUGCUUAUGGUUGCUGAAGUUUGGAGAGAAGAGCGUGUCCAAAUGAAGCUUGCUGAAGCUAAGUUUAUAAUGGAGGAGAAGCUCAAUGUUAUUGCCUCGCCGGAGAAGCCAGCAGGUAUGGUGGCUAGUGAUUCAUCCAAUGAGAGCAAGACCAGUGGUGCUAAUGUUGGUGCUGGUGGUGGUGGUGGCAGUGAUGGAGCUCCGGUGAGGCAGCAGAGGAAGGAGGUGGAGAACCCACACAUCAAGAGAGGGAUCAAAGGGUGUGUUGAGUUUCCAAAGGUGUUGAAAAAGGAUGGGAUGAAGGUGGCUCCAUUGGGGUUCAGUUUAGAGUGUCAAAAAGCUCAGCUUAUGAUCCUCAUGAAGCAUAAUCACCAUAAGACUUCUUCUUCUUGUGCUACUACUGCCUUUACUGAUAACUUGGUUAUGUGAUUGUUAAUUUUCACUUUAAUGGAAAUAUAUGAAAAUUCGU